AUGUCGUGGGAUAUUCGUUUCGUCGUCGGUUUAGAUUUUGGAACCACGUUUUCUGGAUUCUCUUAUUGUCAUAAAGACGAUACAACAAUCAAAACAAAUACUGAAUGGCCUGGAGCGACGGGUGAAUUCAAAACUAAUACAGUAUUACAAUAUGAUGAAGAUUUGAAUGUCAAAUCAUGGGGAUAUCCUGCGUUAGCUAAACGUCCAAAAAGAAAUUUUGAUAUUAAUGAACAAAAAUAUGUAGCAGAAUUAUUUAAACUGCAUUUAGGUGACUUGAAUGAUAGUCUUAAACCGAACCUUCCAAAUGGUUUGGAAUAUAAAAAAACAAUCGUUGAUUAUCUUCGGGAAAUUGGAAAGUGGAUCAAGAUGACGAUUAAAAAAGAUUGGCCUCAUUUUGACGAAACUAAAUUUUUGGAACAAGUUCUUCUAGUCCUUACUGUUCCCGCCGAAUAUUCGGAAAAAGCAAAAGCUAUAAUGAGAGAUUGUAUUCAUCAGGCUGAGUUAAUUGAUGAAAGAAAUUCCGAUAAAUUACAAUUUACUACGGAACCUGAAGCCGCAGCGAUUCAUUGCAGAGAUAGUCUCGGAGAACAUGAUUUAACUUGUGGAACAAUCUUCAUGAUUGUCGAUUGUGGUGGUGGCACAGUUGAUUUGACAACUCGAAAAUUGCUAGACGGAAAUCGUUUAGGGGAAGUUACAGAGAGAAUAGGUGAUUUUUGUGGAAGUUCUUUUGUCGAUGGAGAAUUUAUUAAGUAUUUAAGGAGAGAACUCGGAAAUGAAGCUAUAAAUUUAUUAAGAGAUAAUUUCUAUGGACAAAUGCAAUUUUUGGUUCAAUCAUUUUGUCAAAACGCCAAAUUACCAUUUACAGGAGAUGAUCAAAAUUUUUGUUAUGAAAUUAAUCUUGAAGAAGUUUCUCCAGUUUUAUUACAGUAUGUGAGCGGUGAAAGGAGACAAAGAAUGGAAGCUGCUGAAUGGUUAAUUAAACUUGAUUACAACACAAUCAAAUCAAUGUUUGACCCGGUCGUUGAAAGAAUUUUACGUAUGAUGCAUACUCAAAUUGAAAAUACUUCUGGACUUGUUAUAACUCCUGAAAAAAGGAAGACUAAUAUAAUUUUUUUGGUUGGGGGAUUUAGUCAGUCAGCGUAUUUGCAAAAAAGAAUUAAAGAAAAUUUUUCAGGUUAUAAUAUUUCAGUCCCUAACAAUCCGAUCGCAGCAAUUUCUCGUGGCGCAGCAAUCUAUGGCAAAAGCUUUAGUGAAAUAGAUAUGUUAGAUAUGGAUGGUCAAUUCUCUAUUAUUGAUUCACGUAUAUUAAGAUAUACUUAUGGGAUCAGAGUUUAUAAAUCCGGCGAAGGAUUUCUUUUUAAAAGUUUAGCAAAGAGAGGAGAUGAAGUUAGAAUCAAUGAAACAUUUAGUGUUAGGGUUCAACCCAGUCAUCCGUUUCAAAGCACUGGGUUAUUUGAAAUUUAUUUCACACGUAAUUUUUCAGCGAGAACCUGUGAAGAACCAGGAAUGACAUUAUUUGGAAUACUUAAAAUUGAUUGGUCAGACGAUAAACAUGUGAUGGACAGACCAACUACCUUUAAAUUGGCAUUUGGUAAAAUGGAACUCAAGGCGACAGCACAAAAUGAAAAUAAUGGUCAAACUUAUCAAACUUCCUUUGAUUUAAAAGACGACGAAUGA